GCUGUUAAACUGCAGUGUUCUGCAUCACAUUUUUUUUUUUUUAUCCUUACCACUCAUCGUUGCUGUUGUUCGUCACUCCCUAAACCCCCCAACGUGUCUUUCUGUAAGAGGGUUAAUCUACACAGAGCGCCGUCUCUCGGGUUUCUGUGCGCGGACGGAGCGUCACGUGGGCGUCGCGGAGGCGCGGCGAUCGGUCGGGUCGGUGUGCGUUCGGCGUGCGGAGUCGGUGUGGCACAUGAUGAUGUUGGGGAGGUUCGACAUGGCUCUGCCGGAGGCUCUGAUCGCGGUUCUCCUGGGCUUCGCGGUGCUCUACCUGCUCGACGUGUUCGGGAGGAAAAGGAAGGACAGGGAGCCCCCGCUCAUUAAAGGAUGGAUUCCUUAUGUGGGGAAGGCCUUGGAGUUUGGCAGAGACCCGAGCACUUUCUUAGCUGCUCUCAAGAAGAAACACGGAGAUGUGUUCACAGUGCGCAUCGCUGGUAAAUACAUGACCUUUGUUAUGAACCCAGCUCUGUACCCUGCUGUGAUAAAACAUGGCAAACAGCUGGACUUCCAUGAGUUCUCAGAUGAGGUUUCCCCACGGACCUUUGGGUACCCGCCCAUUAGGAGCCCCAAGUUCUCAGGACUUCAUGAGCAGAUCCAGAGGUCCUACCAGUUCCUAAAGGGGGAGAACCUAAAUUCACUGGCCCAAAGCGUGGUGGAGAACCUGGAGUUGGUGCUUCGGCAGGACCACAUGACCGAGGGCAGCCAGUGGAUGACCGACGAGCUCUAUGGCUUCUGCUUCCGGGUCAUGUUCGAAGCCAGUUUCAUGACCCUAUAUGGCCGACCUGCUCAAGGGUCACGGCACACCCAAAUGGCAGAACUGGCCAAAAGGUUCAGAAAGUUUGAUGCCAUUCUCCCGUUCCUCAUCGCUGGAGUCCCCAUCUCCCUCCUGGGAGCUGCCAGAUCUGCGCGUAAGGAGCUCAAAUGCUUCCUGCAGCCCCAGAAGUUAGCGUCAUGGGUGGCACCAUCGCGGUUCAUCCAGGAACGGGUCGAGGUGUUUGAGCAGUACCACCUGUUGGGGGACCUGGACAAAGCUGGGCAUCAUUUCACCAUGCUUUGGGCUGCCGUGGGCAACACCGUUCCUGCCUCUUUCUGGGCAGUGUACUACCUGCUCAUGGAUCCAGAGGCGCUGGCUGCUGUGCGGGAAGAGGUCCACAGUGUCCUGGAGCCAGGUAGUGAAUGGAGCCACGCACUAACCCGGGAGCGCAUGGAUAACCUGCUUCUGCUCGACAGCGCUCUCAGCGAGAGUCUGCGUCUGUCUGCAGCCUCCAUGAACAUCCGUGUAGCGCAGGAAGACUUUACCCUGAUGCUGGCCCCAGAUUACUCCGUGGACCUGCGCCGGGGUGACAUUGUGGCCCUCUACCCCCAGAGCAUGCACAUGGACCCCGAGAUCUUUGAGGAGCCACAGACCUACAAAUUUAAUCGUUUUGUGGAAGACGGAGAGCUGAAGAGGAGAUUUGGAAAACCUGGCCAAAAGCUGACGUACUCCUGCAUGCCCUUUGGGUCGGGGUCCACCAAGUGCCCCGGCCGGCACCUGGCCGUGCUCGAGAUAAAGCAGUUCCUCUCGUUGCUCUUGCUGCACUUCGACAUAGAGCUGCUGGAGGCCCAGAAGCCGGUUGGCCUGGAUCUGAGCCGAGCCGGCCUGGGCAUCCUCUUCCCUGCUGCCGACGUCCGGUUCCGUUACCGGCGCCGAACCGUGUGACGUGACCCCAAUGGGAACGACGCAGUUGAACUAUUUUUCCUGAUGUAAACGAAAUGAUUGUUGUUGGUGGAACUCAUACACGCUGGCUGAAACCACUUGUCCCGAGCGGGGUUGCGGCGAACCGGAGCCUAACCCGCCAACACAGGGCGGAAAGCUGGACGGGGAGGGAACACGCCCACGACGGGACGCCAGUCCGAUGCAAGGCACCCCAAGUGGGACUCGAACCCCAGACCCGCCAGAGAACGGGAGAGGCCAAGCCCACUGCACCACCGCACCCCCAUGGUGGUGGAACUGUUGCUCCUAAUUUGAAUAAACCAGAUAUUGACAAGUGGCCCACAGUUGACAGUGAUUCCUCCCAACAUCCCGUCCCACCAUGGAUAACCUGCAGACCUCCCGCCCAUGGACACCCCCUCUCACAUGCACGAUGGACAUGAACCUACCUGCCCCUGGUGAUCUGUGUAUCCGCUGUCCCAACAGCCAUCUUCUCUGUGUAAUGAGUUCCAAUUUAAUCAUCCUUCUGGUUCAUAAUUUAAUUCAUGGAGAGGUUAUGAAAUGUUUUUUCUUUUUUUUUGACACAUUUACUGUAAAAUGUCUUUAGUGGGUUAUGUGCAUGAAAGGUAAGACAAGCUACUAAAAUACUUAUACAAAUAAGUUUUUAUCCACCAAAUAGGAAUCAAAAUCAGCAGAUUUGUAUUUGCAUGAGGAUUAACAUGUUGGACAUCAGUGAUGUCCAGUCCCAGGAAGGGACCACAUGCUUCUCUGGACACAAAUGAGCAGGAAUUGAGUGGACUUGAUCAUACAAAAGGAUGUCAUGAAUGCAGGGAUUGGAUACAACGUAGCAAGUGGACGAUAGACAUGGAUUGACAUAGUAUUAAGAAUUUACAACAUUAAGUAUUUAAUAUAUCACUGCUUUGUGGGAUCUGAAGCACCAUUGCUGACUCCAGCUGUCAGCUCACCUCCAGACUCUGCUGAACAUUGUUUUUCACCCUUUGUAAUCUUCUCCCUUCUAAAAGUUUUGCAUAUUUCCACGGACUUUUCCACAGAACUCUGAUGGAUUCACAGUGAGGUCCUCUGUAGGUCCAACAGUAUUGUCUGGGAUUGUGGCCCACUCCACAGCUUAUGCAUUUGGAAAGCCCUUAAGUGUAAACACCCAACAGAAGGAGGGUUUAGAUGAGACAAGUAAUUGUGGAAAUACAGCUUGUUUGUUCAAUACAGCCAUUGCUGUGACCAAAUAUUCUGUAGCUGAUUAUAGAAAUGGCAUUCAAAUAACAAAUAAAUAAUCAUAGCAGAUGGUUUUGGCCUAUUUAUGUAGCUGGCAGGAGAUCAAGAGAGAGAUGGGUCUGAAAAAUGGGUUUGAGACCUUUAUGCUCGAAGGGAUUCAGCAGUUCUGUGGGACAGAGGAAAUUCAUUCCACCACAACAGGAUUAAAAACAAAACUUGAUGGAUUGGAUAGUGAAUCCUUAGUGAGUUGCCAGAGGUGGAGGAGCAGAGAGCUCUUGCUGGGGCGUAGAGAGUAAUCAGGCUACAUAGGCAUCAGGGUGGUGAUUCUUUAACUGUCCUGUAGACUGUAACAAGAGGCCUGAACUUACACACGAUACAGAGACAAGGUGGGGAGAUGCACUGGAACGCUUCAGGAGGUCAAACCCAACUCGUGCUGCAGUAUUCUGGAUCAUC